AUGGAAAACAAUCGGAUUAGCCGGGAAUUGUGUGUUAGUGAGAAUUUGGCCGAGACUGGAAAGGUUUCUGAAGAAGAGAUAGUGGAAGUUCUUAAGUAUCGAUAUGAACGGGGACAGAUUUAUACAUUUGCUGGUCCGGCUUUGGUUUCGGUCAAUCCGAUUGGGUUGGCUGGUCGUGGUUUAGGAGUAAACAAUGCUGAAACUGGUGACGUACCAAUGGCCCAUGUCCUGGAGAUGGCUAGUCGGGCUCGAGCUGGUGCUUUGAAAGGUCGAAGCCAAGCAAUUAUCUUAUCUGGUGAAUCUGGGGCUGGUAAGACAGUGAAUGCCAACCGGAUUCUGGCGGAUUUAGGAGGAUCGGCGGCUUUAGGUCGGUGCUUGAACCACUCAGCAGCUGUUUUGGAAGCUUUUGGGAAUGCUUGUACGAAACAUAAUGAGAAUUCAUCGCGAUUUGGGAAGUAUGUAGAAGUAUUCUAUCAAGGGGGAGUAGUGAGUGGGGCUCGAAUUAGAGUCUUCUUAUUGGAGAAGAGUCGGGCACCGGCUUUAGAGGGUAACUUUCAUGUCCUGCAAAUGAUGCGGGCGGGAGUAGUACAGGGCUCAGAAGAAGGCUUGCAGGGAGUAGAAAGAGUAUUUGGAUACUGCCGGGCUAUGGGGUUAGCACGAAAUACGCGGCUAGAUCUAUUCCGGGUCUUACUUAGCUUAGUAAUGUUAUUGGAAACGAAGUUAGUAAGUAAUGGGGAGAAGUGCUGGUUUCAGAACAAGCCGGAAGAAGUAGUGCAGAUGUUGGGUUUAGAGAAAGAUGCUUUAGAUCGGCUGGUGCUGCAACGAGAGAUUGUGGUGGGUCGGGAAGUGAUUGUAAGAUCUCGUAGUUUGGCUGAAGCUGAAACAGUCCGGGAGACAUUGAUUCGAGCGAUGUACGAACGCGUGUUUGCUUGGUUGGUAGAAGAGAUUAAUCGGGCUUUAAGUACUCCGCCUUUGGAAGUAGUUGAUGAUUCUCCGGAAUCAUUUAGUGCUCUAAUGAGUGCAGCUAUUCAACGCCAAGUAGAUCUGCUUAAGAUAAAGGAGGAUGAGAGUGAUAGAGAUAAGAGUGAUAGAGAUAAGAAUGAUAGAAAUGAGAGUGGUGGUUUUAAUUCGGCUGGUGAGUCAUCUAGUAAUGAGUAUUUAGAAGGAAGUACGGCUAAGAUUGGAGUUCUGGAUAUUUAUGGCUUUGAAGUACUGGAUGAUAAUGGAUUGGAUCAACUAUGCAUUAACUAUGCGAAUGAGAAGAUGCAAGCUGAGUAUUUGCGCCGAGUUGUGGUUGAGAAUAGAGAUGCGUUUCUGGAAGAGGGAAUUGUGCUGGAUAGAAUGCCAGAACCACCUCGAGCAGAAGACUUAUUUGAAGGACCGAUGGGUUUGGUUCAGUUGUUAGAUGAAGAGUCUUUCUUACCGGGUGGUAGUUCUCGGGGUUGGUUACAGAAGAUUUCUCAUGCCGGUCUAGCUCGGACUCGUGGGGAUACUUUUGAAAUUGAGCACUAUGCUGGCCAAGUGACCUAUAAUGCCUGUGACUUUGUUGAGAAGAACCGUAAUGCGUAUGGUGAGAUUUACGACCUACUUAACCAAACGGGCAUUCCAGCUCUGUGCACUAAACAGAGUUAUCGUGGGAAGAUGGCCAGAGUAGGUGUGGUCGGGGAGUUUCAAAAGAGUCUGCAAGGUCUGCUUCAAGAAAUAGAUCAGUGCGAAGUCCAUUAUGUACGCUGUCUUAAGCCCAGUAGUACAAAUGAGUUCUCAGAAGAGUAUGUGCGCAAUCGUCUAAGAGAUGCCGCCGUCUUUGAAACGAUCAAGAUCUACAUGCUAGGAUUCUUUGCCCGCAUGGAUAAGACUAUCUUCACUCAAACGUAUGGUGAAGAACCUCCCGAGCAUACAGGUAUCCAGAUAGGAAGAAAACACGUCUUUAUUACACAGGAAGCCUACCAGGUCCUUGAAAACGAUAGAGCAGCUCGACUUCUGGCAGAGAAGCUAGAGAAAGAGAGAUUGGAAGAGGAAAGGUUGGAAGAGGAGAGGCUAGAGAAAGAGAGAUUAGAUAGGGAAAGAUUAGAGAAAGAGAGAUUAGAGAAGGAGAGAUUAGAGAAGGAGAGAUUAGAUAAGGAGAGAUUAGAGAAUGCCAACUUAAAAGAUACUAAAGUAGAUACUAAAGUAGAUGCUAGAGUAACAACUCAAGAAGAGACCGAUCUAAUUGCAUCCCAGACAUCUAAACAAACAAUUUACGAGAUAGUAAAAUUAUCACAACAAGAGAUGAUAGAGAAGAAUAGACCGAUUGAAACUAUCCUUGCACUAAGUGCUAAUACACCUGCUCUCCCUACCCAGCCACCCAGUAUCGAAGCAGUCGAUCUGUUCAUGCGCACACCCGAACCUUUCUAUGAUUCCAAAGAAACCAAUGAUUCUGAAGAUUACAUCAAGUCCUUCCAGUACCCUCCUCUUACCUCUGAAUGCACCAACUGUGCUGCCAUUGAAGAGAAAUACGCCUUCCAGACUAACCACUUGAUCUGUAAAGAGCAAGAAAUAGAGAGUCUCAAGGCAGAAGCCCUGCGAGCCACAGAAACUAUCAAGGAAAAAGACCUUCUUGUCCAAGAACUCAGCCGUAAAGUUGAACUUCUUCUGCGCGAACUUUCCUCUGGUGAGUACUCCAAAGUCUCAACUAAUCCCCACACAACUAUUCCUCUGGAGACUAAAAAGUCUCUAACAGGACUCUUCAAACGAAUCUGCCAACUCUUUGUGGAAUCUAUUCCUUCCAGCUAUGAGUCUUAUCACCAGUCUGUCUGUUGUGGAUUUGCCCUUAUGCGUGCAGCGGCUGCUUGUCCUGGUGGUCUUCCUACGAAUGCCCAACCGGCCUUUCGAGUCUUUGAAGCCAGUGCCCAUAGCGUACUUACUAGCCGGCGUAUUUCACCAGCCAUUGCUUCUGGGUUCUUCCUAGCCAAUGCCGUGUUCCUGGCCCGAACUAGACCGGGUAAACCCACGUCAGAUAUGUUGCAAGGCAUCUUUUUUGCCAGCUGUCGGGCUCUUUCCGAAGAGAUUGCUGGGUUCGGUAUGGAGUUUCUUUUCAAAUCUUCGACCUUUGAACCGGCCAAUAUUCUGGCCCGCCUCUUGAAAAAGCCCUCCAUUGAAUCGGUGAUUUCCCAUCUUAAAAUGGUUCAUUCUGUCCUUUCCCGACACCGCGUGCCCAAAUCCGUUAUUUCAGCUAUCUUUGAGUACAUUAUCAAAAUUAUAGACACUCAAGGUUUUGAAUAUCUUAUCAAAAGAGACAAGAAACUCACCACUAAAAACCUUCUUCAUUUAGACCGAAGUUUGGACUCUUUAUCCGAAUCCUUAGUCGAUAUGCAAAUAGAAGAGCCAUUCCGGUCUUUUGUCUACCUCCGUGCCUUUCUCCACUUUGUCGCCAUGCAAAAGGAUGGUCUCUUCCCCAGCCCAGUCUGUCUUCAAAUUGGGAUUCUAACUGCCUCCCAAACCCUAGCUGCCAUUAAUGUGCUAGCCCCCGAAGCCAAAGGCGAGUCCCUACAUAAACUCGAAAAGGCCCUUCAAGCCACCGCCGGAGUCCCCGAGAAACCAACAGUUCCCUGUCCAAUUCUAUCCGCCCCACUCAACUAUGUGGCCGAUGACCCAGAUCUUCUCUACAAUGCUCUGUUCUUCUGUCCCCAACGCCCAGCCAUCUGUGAGGCCCUCCAAGACUUCUCCAUCUCCACCGAUUGGCUAGACAAAUAA